AUGGUCGAGAGUUUAGCUCGCGCGCACACGCAGGUUUUUUUUCACCGCAACAAGGUCAUGUGCAUUUCCGCCGGGAGCACCGAAGUGGCUGUUUAUGACCCGCUCUGCAGUGUGACUGAGAUUAUCUCUCUCCCGUACCGUGUCGUUCGCGCCGAGCCGGCCGACCACGGCUUCGUCUUUCGCAGCGACUGCAACAGGGUGUUCGGCUACGAUUUUAACAAGGGCCUGACAGAGGUGAUGAACGGGUGUAGCAUAACGGGCUUUUUGGGCCACUACAAGCAGUACGCCGUUGCGCUGCUUCACGACGGCGACGAGCGUGUGGUGGGCGUCACUGAGGCCGGCAGCAUCGUAGAGCUAGACGCAGCUUUGCCAUGUGUGCCGUUCACGUCCUUGGAUGAUGUCGUUCUCUACACAAGUGAGAAUGAAGUGGUGUCCUUGAAGGGUGGAAGUGCGGUUUCUCCUGUCGGGGAAGUUCACCUUUCGAGCUCGCAGCCAACUGAUAGCGAGGUCCUGUGCACCGUUUGCUUGUGCGAGUUCGAUGGCGACGACGGUAUCACCUUGGACUGCGGGCAUUACUUUCACAAAGAGUGCAUUGAGCAAUGGGUGGGCAACUGGAUGGACUUCGCGGCGAAGGGUGAGCACGUGAAGUUUACCCGCGCUGUCUGCCCUGGCGGGUGCAAGCACUUGGUUCGCCACCCUCUGUUGGCACAAUCGAAGCAGAUCAGCGAGUUGUACACGGAGGUGACUGCGAAAAAGGCGGAGCAGCUGAAGCACUUUGAUGCGACAAAGGCCCAGCACGAAUUCCUUUUCUAUCUCUGCGGCAGGUGCGGGGGCGUGUUCUACGGAGGCGAUCAGGUGUGCUCACGGAUGCAGGGGCACGAACCGUCGUCUUCCCCGCAAGAGCUGGUCUGCGAUACUUGCAUAGGAAAGGACCAUCGAACAUGUAACACUCUGAUGGCCGUCUUCAAGUGCCGCUACUGCUGCAAUCCCGCCACACAGCGAUCGUUCGGUACUCGUUUCAUGUGCGAUCGGUGCAUCGCGCGGUGGGACACCGCGGAGCCUGCGCUCAUUCCGUGCCCGGGAGCGGACAGCUGCCCGUUUCACGGAAAUCACCCGGAGCCCGUGUGCAACAUUGCGGCCUGUCUUACGUGUCUCGAUCCGGCCAUGGUGAGCCAUAUUUUUGAUCGAGUGGCGGGCGUUGCUGACGGUGCAGGUGGCGGCACCGAUUAG